AAGAAAUUCGGACAAGAUUAUCCAUUCAGAGAUUCUGUUCAUGAAUAGCUGAAUCAUCUUCUCUCCCCCUAUCAAUCUGAUAAACCCUAAUUAUAUCCCAAAUUACAGAGGAAAUGCUAUUUCUUCAAUUCCCAUUUUCAAUUCAUCACAAACCCAACUCAAUAACACCCUUGACUACACAAUGAAUCAACAAUUUCAUCUUUAUCACCAUAUUCAAACCCUACUACUAUUUUCAAACUCAGAAUCACAAUCAGUAUGUCCGAUUUGGACGACAUUGACCUCGACCCUGAAGACUUUUUGUCAUCAAUUCCACUGAAAAGAGUCCCAUACGGCGACGUUUUCGAAGCCUCACGCGCCGGCGACGUCGGCCGGCUGCGGUACCUGUUGGAAUCCGGUGUUAAUGUCAACGCUCGUGACCAGUGGGACUCGGUGGCUCUGUACUACGCUUGUUUAGCAGGCCAUCUCGAUGCCGCCAGGAUGUUGCUAGAGAACGGGGCGAUUUGCUCCGAACACACCUUUGAUGGUGAUCGAUGUCAUUACGCAGCGUUGAAUUUGAAGGUCAGGAAGCUGUUGAAGGCGUUUGAAGCUCGGCCACCGCCGUUGGGGCCAUUGCAGGGGGCUUUGAGAGAAACAUUUCUGGGGUCUAUGGCAAAUAGAGGAUAUGUAGAGCAGUUUGAUGGCCAAUUUCAGUUUACAGGAUCCAGUCCUAGCUAUUUCCCUCCGGAUUUCGUAUUUUAUCUGCAUGGAAGACCUAUCGAAGCUCACAGAGUCAUAUUAAGUGCUCGGUCACCUUACCUCAAGAAAAAAUUCCAGACUGAUUGGAGGGGUCGCAAGGAAAUAAGAUUCUCGAAGGAAAAGUUGUCUUAUCCUGCAUUUUACAGCCUUAUUCACUUCUUUUACUCCGAUAGACUCGAGAUUGCUGUGGAUGACAUGGAAGAUCUUGUGAGAAUAUGCAAAGUUUGUAAGUGUGAAUCAUUACAGAAGGUCAUAGAGAAAGAAGUGAGCCAUCAAAAAUACGCAGAUUACAAAGCACUGCAAGAUAUAGACAAUUCCCAAAGACGAUUUAUCUUACAGGGCUCUUCUCUACCUGAAGAUGAGCGUCUCCCUGCUGCCUUAUCACGUCUUCUUCAAAUUUCUCUUGGUAAUUCUACCAAAGAGCGGAAUCUUGAUGAUCUUGUGUCACGGGUAGCGUCGGUAAAGAUAAGUGAAUUUGAGGAUGAUCUUGCAGAUGUUAGUAUAAAAGUUGAUGAUAAGAUUUUCCGUUGCCAUCAAGUUAUCUUGGCUUCAAGAUCUGAGUACUUCAAAACAAGACUAUCCCGAAUGGAGGAUUUCCUUGAAGGAAAGGACGGUUUACCAGAUUACACUCUUCCUCUUCUCGAGGAACAUGAUCUUAGCAUGGAAGCUUUUGAGAAAAUGAUAGAGUACAUGUAUACUGAUAGCUUAAAAGAUGUCGACCCUGAUCAGGCAGAAGAAAUGUUUGAUGCUGCUUCAAGAUAUUUAUUAUUUCCUCUCAAACGUGCUGUAGCUGAUGCUCUGUUGCCUCAUUUAGAAAUGGUUCCUCCUGCAGAAUUGUGCCACUGGUUAAUAUUAUCAGACAUGUAUGGUGUUUUGAAGAUUCGAGAACAUUGUCUGGAUGUAAUAGCUUGCAACUUUGAGACAUUUGCAGAUACACGGGAAUUCAGAGCAAUCCUUCUAACGCUGCCUCCACCAUCAGGAGAUUCAUCACUUCGUACUACUGCUCCAAGUGCUCCGGGAGCAGAGAUAAAGAUGACGGAAGGGAAUAUUCUAGAUGAUUUACGUGAGAAAUGGCUGGAGGUUGAGGCCGGAGAACUUGACAAAAGAGACGAAAGCGCACUGCUUUUUGACAAGCGCCUCGAGAUGCUUAUGCUGGUGGCAGAACAAGAGCAAUCUGUUGCGGCUUAUGACAACCUUUGAGCAACGAUAUUUCUUCUAGAUAAUCUGUUUUUGCAGCAAAUCAAGUAAGAUAGAAUAGUGUACAUGUCAUUUUCUUUACUUCCUUCCGUUUACGCCUGGAUUUCAGAGUAGUUGUUCUCCAGAAUGUGGGAAACAUGUUAGAUUUUGUCACCUGCAUUAUAAAUUUAAUAUGACUUUGUACGUUUUCUUAAAGAUUGGAACUCAAUAUGGUAAUUCAAUUUGAAAGUUAAA